UGUCGAUCUACUUAGGGAAUCAUCAGUUGCUCUUUGUCUUCUCAGACUCUCUCCCAUAUCACAAACCUCCACCGACUCCCGGUCCUAGCAAUCGCCUUCUGGGAGUUCCCACGCCUCCACGAUGCAUAUCCUCGUGUCCAACGACGACGGGCCGCCGUCGCCUCACUCCUCGCCCUACGUCCACUCCUUCGUCCGACACCUCCAGAAAGCAGGCCACACCGUCUCCGUCUGCGUCCCCCACACGCAGCGCUCGUGGAUAGGCAAGGCGCACCUGAUCGGCCAGACGCUCAAGCCCGUCUACUACCGGCCGUCUGCCCACAGCCACGGCGACGACGCCGAGGGCACGACGCACGCCCGGCCGUCGCCCUCGGGGGCCGUGGAGGAAUGGAUCCUGAUUGACGGGACGCCGGCGUCGUGCGUGCAGAUUGGGCUGAACCACUUCUUCCAGGACCGGGGCCCCGUGGACCUGGUCGUCAGCGGGCCGAAUUUCGGGAGGAACAGCACGGCGAUAUUCGCCCUGAGCUCGGGCACGCUGGGGGCCGCGCUGGAGGCCGCGGGGUCCCGGUACAAGGCCAUUGCGCUGAGCUUUGCCUUCUUCUCGCGGAACCACGACCCGGUGAUUAUCGAUGCGGCGUGUCGGCACAGCGUGAGGGUGAUUGAGUACCUGUAUAAGCAGUGGCCGACGGAUGGCAGCGCGGAUCUCUACAGCGUCAAUGUGCCGCUUGUUGAGGGCGUGGAGACGCAUCAGACUGUGUGGACGGAUAUACUCCAGAAUUACUGGACCAAGGGCGGUUGCUUUGAUGCCGUCGACGGUUCGGCUGAUGACGAAGAUCUCGAGGAGGAGAGGAUACGGGAGGGGCCGGGUGGUGAGGUCGACGGCGAGGCUGAUGUGGCGAAUGCUCCAAAGGGGCAUACGCAUAAGCACUUCAAGUGGGCGCCCAAGUUUGCAGAAGUCUACAAGUCGGUGGAAGAGGCGGGGCCGGGAUCAGAUGGAUGGGCUGUCAAGGAAGGGCAGACAAGUGUCACGCCUCUCAAGGCAAACUUUGCUACCUGUGCGGGAGACAGGGCGACGAAGGAGAUUAAGCUUCCUGAUUCUACAGAAACUCCUACAACGCAGUUGGCGGUGCGGGAGAAACCCAAGGAGGAGUCGAAGAGCAGGAUUCAGGCCAUUGUAUCAUACGACGACCCCUAUGUCCAGCCCCUCAUCGUAUCUGCUCUCAACGCCGUGCUGCCCAAGGACAGCUUCGACCUCAUCACCGACAUCUCACCAGAGAACUUCAACUUGUCAAGCAUGCUCCCUUCGCCAGACACCCGCGUUCUGGAAAUCGUCCCUUACGAAUCCAUCGACUUCGAGUUUGCCUCCUCCCACACAAAGACCUGCCUCAUCAACAGCUACAUGAUUCGAAAAGCCCUCAUCAGGAAGCACUACCUUUCCGCAACGCUCGACCACUGGGCAGCCAAGAACCCCGAUUCCAUCCUCAAGAAGCAUCUGAAGCGUAGCGAGGCAUUCGAGGUAGACUACGCCGAGUUUCUCGACGAUGCCCUCGUCGAAGCAUUUGAUCUCCGGGAAAGCAUGGACCGCAAUGAGGAUAAGGAGCCGAGUGAGCGCGAGUGGUGGAUUCUCAAGCCGGGCAUGAGUGAUCGAGGGCAGGGCAUCCGCCUGUUCAGUACCAUGGAGGAGCUGCAGGACAUUUUUGAUGGCUGGGAGGAGGAGCGACCGGAUAGCGACGACGAGGAGGAGAUUGACGACGACGACGAGGCCCCAGGGGGCGGAGCAGCGGACGAGGAUGCCCAAGGCGACUACAUCACAGCGUCCCAUCUGCGUCACUUUGUGGCUCAGCCAUACAUCCACCCUCCGCUACUGCUGUCUCCAGUAGGAGGUCACAAGUUCCACAUCCGGACCUAUGUGCUCUGCACGGGCAGCCUCGACGUCUACGUGUACAAGCACAUGCUCGCCCUCUUCGCGGGCAAGCCCUACACCCCUCCGUGGACGGCACCCGACGACAUCGAGGCCUUCCUGACCAACACCUGCCUGCAGGACUCGCCCAACGAGAACACGGUGCGGCGGUUCUGGGAGCUGCCGCUGGAGCGAGGGGCGCUGGAGGCUGUGUUUGAGCAGGUCUGCGGGACGACGGGCGAGGUGUUUGAGGCGGCGGCGAGGGCGAUGCCGAUCCAUUUCCAGACGCUGCCGAAUGCGUUUGAGGUGUUUGGGCUGGAUUUCUUGGUCGAUGCGGAUGGGGAGGCGUGGCUGUUGGAGGUGAAUGCUUUUCCGGAUUUCAAGCAGACGGGGGGCGAUUUGAGGGGCAUCGUGGAGGGGUUUUGGAGGGGGGUUGUGGGUGUUGCUGUGGGGGGGUUCUUUGGGGUUGAUGGGGUGAAGAGGGAGGAGGAGGAUGGGGAUAUGGUUUCUGUGAGGAGGGUUGAUUUGGGGAGGAGGUGA